GUCUAAUCUCAUCUUCUUCACUCUGCUCGUUAUCUUCUUCCUUUUACCUGUUGGACGAAAUUCCUGAGCUCAGCUUCACUUUACUCGUUCAGCGACAAUGGCGUCGAUUUCGAACCUCGCCGCUUCUCUCUCUUCACUUUCGUUCUCCUCCCAAGUUUCUCAGAGACCUAACACCAUUUCCUUUCCCCGCGCGAAUUCGGUGUUCGCGUUACCGGCGAAAUCCGACCGCCGCUCUUCCCUAUCUAUAACCGCCACGGUAGCUGCUCCACCGGAGGAGGAGGAGAUAAUUGAGCUGAAGAAAUACGUCAAAUCAAGGCUUCCCGGAGGAUUUGCUGCUCAGAAGAUUAUUGGCACUGGACGGCGUAAGUGCGCAAUUGCUAGAGUUGUGCUUCAGGAAGGCACUGGGAAGGUUAUCAUAAACUAUCGUGAUGCCAAGGAGUACCUUCAGGGAAAUCCACUAUGGCUUCAGUAUGUUAAAGUCCCACUAGUGACUUUAGGGUAUGAGAACAGCUACGACAUAUUUGUGAAAGCCCAUGGAGGCGGUCUCUCAGGUCAAGCUCAAGCUAUUACCCUGGGAGUCGCACGUGCACUCCUCAAGGUAAGUGCAGACCACAGAUCGCCUUUGAAGAAGGAAGGUUUGCUCACUAGAGAUGCGAGAGUGGUUGAAAGAAAGAAGGCCGGGCUCAAGAAGGCGCGUAAAGCACCACAAUUCUCCAAGCGUUAAGAGGUUUUAUAUCAUUGGAUCAACUCUUCAAGUAGACUCUUCUGCCUCCAUUCUUUUUUUUUAAACUCUUCUUGUCUAUUAUGUGUGUUUUGUUCCAUGCUAAUGUUUAUGUGUAGACGAACCAAUACAAUCUCUGUUUCGUUUGAAUGGAACGCCAAGUUGGUAUGCUUUUGAAACAAAUGCACUUAUGAAUUGUGAUCAAACAAA